AAAGACCGAUAGAAGAAGAAAAACUCGCGGAUUUCCUCUAACCGUAGGCCCGCCCAUUUGAGCAAAUGGCUUGUUUUUAGCUUAGUUUCGACGCCACAUAGUAAAACGCGUAGAAAUAAUAUACUGCAGAACAGAUAAAAAGCUUAUAUCAGCGAUGUGCUCCGUUGUUAAUUGUGACUCGUCGCGUCGCAGCGUGCAGCGGUACAUUUUACCGGAGGAUCCGGAGAAGAGGUUACAGUGGGUCCAGUUCGUUUUCGAAGUCAACGGACAACGAUUGAAAGAAUCGUCUUGCGCGGACAUCACUAUCUGUGGAGAACACUUCACACAUGACUGCUUUGAAUACGCGGGUGACUCGGGCUUCGCGCAGCUGAAACCCAGUGCUGUCCCAUCAGUAUGUGUCAAAUCAGAGCCAGAGGAACCAGAGCUACAAAUCAAGGUAGAAGAACCAGAGUCACAUAUCAAGCUAGAAGAACCAGAGUCACAUAUCAAGCUAGAAGAACCAGAACCAGGACACGUGAAGGUAGAGGGACCAGAGCCUGAUCGUGUUAAGUUAGAACUGCUGGAACCAGUACAUGUUAAGGUAGAGGAAAUACAGCAAGAACAUGUAAAAAUAGAGCAACCAAAGCCAGAAAAUGUGAACGCACCUGAGUCACAGAUUGUGUGUCUACCUGAACCAGAACACCAGAAUCCGCCUGAGGCAGAACCUGUGGAACCUGUGGAGUUUGUGAUCAAUUCAGGUGACACAGAUUCUGACAACUUUGAUGAGGUAUCUAACCCAUCUUCCAUUGAUAACCCAGUAAGCCCAGUGCCCAGUGAUACCUCUGAAGUUUCCACGUUCGAUUAUGAUCAGAUGCUGCAAAAGAUCGAGAAUAUUGAUGUGAUCAAGGAAAAAGUUGCACUUCUUCGGAUGAAGCGGAAGUAUGUUGUGAAUGAAAACCGGCUCCUCCAGCUGUUUAGCAGCAAGUGCCCUUUGUGUGGUUCUAAAGUCAAGGUUGAAAAAGUAAAAUGUAACCUAUUCAUCGUCAUUGAUCAGCAGUGCCUUCAGUGUGAUUAUGGAAAACAUUGGAAAAGCCAGAGCAGCGGCCCUUUCCCAACAGCUGAGGAUCAAGUCAUUUCAGAGGUUGUGACUGAGGAGAGCGAUUUCAUGGAUGAAAUGGAAGAAUCAAUUGAUGAGGAUUCAGAUGAUGACUGGAUUCCAACGGAGGAGCUUCUCUUCGAAGAGCGUCUGCAAGCAGAUUCUGAUGAGGACAAUGAAGAAAACCACAUGUUUCACCGUCAGCUUUGUGUAGAUUGUGGGAAGUUCUAUAUCAAAGAGCCUCACACAUGUGAGCACAAACUUAAGCCCUAUUCCUGCAACAUAUGUGGCAAGAGAUGUGCUAAUGAGACUGCUUUAGUCCUCCAUAGCAAAGUUCACAAUGAAAAAUAUGUGCAUCUGUGCAAAUACUGCCACAUGGAAUUUAAAACAAAAGGGGACAAAAUCACUCAUGAGCAGAUACACCUUACAGAAAAAGAUCCCUUUAAGUGUUCUGAAUGUUCACAGGUAUUUGCUGAAAGUAAGAAACGCCAAAACCACAUGAAGGAACACCCAGAGGCCCCGAGUGUAUGUCACGUCUGUGGCAUGAAAUUUGACAGAAAACAUCAGCUUCAAAGACACUCUAUAGUGCACACAGGAUUGAUGCCUUUUGAGUGUUCUGUGUGUCAGCGCAACUUCAACCAGAGUAGUCACCUCAAAUCUCAUAUGCGUCUGCACACAGGAGACAGGCCUUUUAAAUGUCAGCAUUGUGACAAGUGCUUCACUCAUAAUGUGAGCUUAAAGAGUCAUGUCCUGCGUUACCACACAUCCGACUCCAAGCAAACAUGUGCAGUCCCUGAGCUAGCAGAGGUGAAGAGAAGUAAAAAACCCAGAAGGAGAAGGAGUAGUAUAUUUAGACCAAUAGGAAGGCCAAAGAAAAAUCCUGCAAGCAACGUGGAAAAUGGAGGCCGAGGUUCAAAUUCCAGGUCUGGAACAUCAAAGGCUCGGAAGUUAAACAGAACACAACCCAUCGAUGAGGAAAGUGAGGAUGAGUUGACCGAAAGCAACGUAUCCUCUGAUUCAAACGACAAAGAAGAGAGAGUAACACUGAAUUCAAGCAGAUCAAAGGGGAAGAGAAAAAAAUCAGAUAUUGACACUGAUUUUGACCCAGGAGUCUCAAAGAAAAAGAGACACAUCGACCAGAACAGUGGUAAAAACUCAGGGAAACAGGACAAGAGGACAAGAUCAAAUAAAAACCAAGACACUUAGACAUUGUGAAGGGGAAAAAAAACUAUUGAGGUUUUCAGAAAAAUAGAGAACUGCAGUUUUUCAUCACACAACCUAUUGCAAACUCAACAUACACUUUUGGCUGGAGUUUUUUUUUUCAAAUUUAAAUAUUUCUUUUACUGUUCAGAGUUUUUUGGGUUUUCUUUUGGCUGCUCCCUCUCAAGGGGUUGCUACAGAGGAUGAUUAGCACAUUUGAUUUAGAUUUUUUUAAUGCUGCAUCCCCUUUCUGAUGCAACCAUUUUUUGCUGUUGGCUGCCCACUGUUAAGAGAUAAUAUUACUUUACUAAAAAUAUAUUUUGAGUCUUGUUCACUGUUCACUCUUGUUAUAUUUGAAUUAAACUGGACUGAUAUCAAGUGCA